AUGGCCGCGGCGGCGGCAUGGGGCUGGCUUGCACUCAUUCCUGUCAACUUCUACUCAUGCUGCUUAGAUGCCUGCACAGAACCCGCCAUCUCCCCCUCCUACUACACCACCUCUGAUGUUGUCAUUUCUUCUGAGACAGUCUUCGUCGUGGAGAUUUCCAUUACCUGUAAAAAUGGAGCUCAGAAUGUUGCCCUCUAUGCAGAUGUUAAUGGCAAGCAAUUUCCUGUCACUCGGGGCCACUAUCGGGUUUCCUGGAGCAUGGAGCACAAGCUGGCCCGUUCUGGUACCUAUGAGGUGAAAUUCUUUGAUGAGGAGUCUUACAGCAUUUUGCAUAAGGCUCAGCUCAACAAUGAGGACAUCUCUGGGAUCAAGCCUCUGUUCACAGUCAAUGUGGAUCAUCAAGGUGCCUGGAACGGCCCAUGGGUCUCCACUGAGGUGCUGGCAGCCUGCAUUGGCCUCCUUGUGUACUACAUGGCAUUCAGUGCCAAGAGCAACAUCCAAGCCUAAUCCACUUCAAUAAACUCUUCCUGCCAAAAAAAAAA